UUUUUUUUAGGAGCAACGUCUGAUCUUUCACAAUUUAUUACUUGAUAUUUCAUCAAUCAACUGAAUAGGAGCAAUUUUUUUCUUGAUAAAUAUGUACAGAUUUAAUAUAUCCGCACCAGGGACGAUAUUCUUACACGGAGACGCCGUGUUGGGAUAUCAAGGACGUCGCAUUGUAGCUGCCGUAGACAAGCGUAUCAAACUUGAAUUCGCUUCGCUACCUCCAAAAGUAGUUUUGGAAGAACAUAUCAGAAUAAAAUUUAUGAGUUUAAACCUACAACUGGACAUACCUUUAAAUGCAUUUUUUCAACACUUUUAUAAUCAAAAUGGAAUUCGCAAGUUUUCCCGUUACAAUUUAAUAAAUAAGAUAAAGGACUUCCUUGGAUCAUUGAAUAUUUAUGAUAGCAGUUACGACCCGUCAAACACUGCACAGUACUUAUCUUUACAAGCAUUCUUAUACCUGCUCCUUUUUAUGGCCCGCAAAGAAAAUAUUGAAAUAACAGCAUCUAUUAUCGUACAAAUAUCGUCGGAUUUGGCGAUCGGAAGGGGUUUAGGCAGUUCAGCAACGUUUGUAACGUGUCUUGCAGCGUGCUUUUGGCGUUGGUCACUUCUGCAGAAAGGGACUGUCCGUUAUGAAUUUAAUAAAGAUGAUUACGAGAAAAUCAAAUAUUAUGCUUGGAAGGGCGAGAAGAUAAUAUACAACAAUCAGAACUCAAUAAGCCUUUUCGUAUCCGUGUAUGGUGUAGUGUCAAUAUUUAAAGAUAAUAUCAAUGCAGCUGCAAUGGAUGAAAUGCGACCCAUGAAGAUUCUGUUGAUUGACUCGAAUAUUGAUCAGAAAGAGAAAGCUGAGCAAAUGGAAAACAUAUUCCAUUUAAGUCUGUGUGUAGAGUUAAUUAUGACUAGUAUCAAAAAUAUAACGUUUACGUCUUCUGUAGCAAUAAGUGAAAUUUACUUAAAAUGCUUAGAAAUACUAAAUAAUAGAAAUGAUACCAAUUGGUCUCGUCUGUUACCGCUGGAUAGCUAUAAAAGAUUAUCGACUUUCAUCAAUAUGAAUCAAGGAUUAUUAAGGGCAAUGGGUAUGUCUAGUCCAAACAUAGACUUUAUUUGUGCAAUUGCACGAAAAUAUUCACUUGCAAGCAAGCUAAUAAGUGAUAGUGGAUUUGCGUUUAUUUUUCUAUUACCGAACACCAACCAUCAGCUCAUCAUUAAUCUAACAAAUGAACUUAAAUCUUACAAUUUUCCUGUAAUAAAAACUACUAUGGUUUGUACCGGAGUAAGAGUUGAAUAGCACGUUAGUUAACACUAAUUAGUAACUAUUAAAUAUAACACAAUUUCUGA